AUGUGGCGGUACCUCGAUGCAUUUAAAUGUGCUUUUGCGUUUGUCUCUCGUCCUACUUUUUUUUUCUUUGAUUUACCUUUGCUCCGCUGGGUUUAUUUUAUCAAACUCAAUUGUUUCUUUUCAGUCACAAUACACACGCUUAUCACCACUGCUGCCAUACUGCAGUGUGGAGAAAUGCUGCGGCUUAGUUGCCUGCGCAAGACGGCGCUGCCGACAAUAAUCAAUAAAGUUUGUCGCACUCCGGCGUAUCUGCGACACGCACCGCCCGGCGUGUACGUUACUUGUGACUUUGAGAAAAGUGCGCGACACACGACGCUUCUCGUGGACGCAUCGGUUGAAGGAGAACCCCCUAUGACGAAUGGCGCCUACUUACUUUCCUCUACAGGGGGCGAUGACCUUGCAUUUCAGCAGGCACAUAGCGUGCUUGUUGGCUUACCUUUUGCACAGGAUGCAUCGCAGGCGUCACGCUUCCUGGACACUGUGCUGCGUCCAGCGCUAGCACGCAAUGGCAUGUCGAUUCCGUUUGAUGGCAUACAUACAAUAAUCCUACUGGAGCUGCACCCCUUUGCCGCGCACGCCGUACAGGAGAUAGUCUCUCGCUUGCCGCAGGUAAAGGUGGCCUGCAGUCCAUUGAUGGCUGCAUUUCUAUCUGACGCUGAUUUUUUUUCGGGCAUGCGAAAGUCUUUGUGUGAGAACGACGCACAUCUUCCUGCAAAGUCGAUCACAUUUGCUGGUGUGCCGCAGUCAAAUCUUUCCCUGCUCGAGGAUGGCUCCGCGGUCCCGGUCUUCGGCGAAUGUCGCCAUCUUCUCGUGGCGACAGGCGACCUUUCCGAUGCGCGAGAGAGGUGGCGGCGGGAGCGAAGAAACAAGCUGAAGCAUUUUGAAUCGUACGCCCUCUUCCUGUACGAUUCGUCCUUUUAUGCGAUGCUUGCCCCCCCUUCUGCCGGUGCGCACUUUGAUUGGCUGCCUUUUGUCGUCCACGAGGCGGACGCCGCCGCGCUUCUGCCGUUGCCGGACUUCCUUUCUCUGCAGAAGUCGACCGGAUCUUCCCUGUUGGAGGUCUGGAGACUCCGUGAGCACGCGCACCGGGUGAUAACCGCGCUGGAGAAGUUCCCGGAGACGCAACGCGUGCUGACUGCAUGCUACGGCGAGGUUUCUGGCGGCGCCGACGGUUACGUGGAGCGGCUGGAGCAAACAGUCCGGAAGUUGGAGGAGUUACGAAGUCGUCUCGGCCGCCGUUUGGCUACUGACACCGCGCGGGACGUGGCGAAGUGGAGUGUCGUCAUGGAGGAAAAGAUUUUGAAGGAAAUUGUUUUCACCAAAAAGGCGGAGAAGAAGACGUCGGAGGAGGUGCUUUUGGAGUACAAGCAGUGGGCAAGCGCCUCGCACCUUGGACGACUCUCACGCUCACUCGCUCUAGCGGGCGCAACACUUCCCCCCGACAUCCCAUCGGAACCGGCCCAAGAGGCAUCGCCAUCGCCAUCGCCAUCGUCAUCGUCGAGCAAAGACACAGAGGGGGCGGCCGGCGUGCAGCUGCUAAAAAGCCACUUUGAGAGGCGAGGGAUGGCGUCGCUCACGCCCGUCCUGGAGCGGGAGGAGAUUGAUGUCGUGGUGUUUUUGGCAAUGGGCCAAGAUGACUUUAAGAAGGUGUUUAAGGCCACGUUUGGUGUGGCCAAGAAGAUGGAGCUGCUUCAGCAGGAACUCCGGUCUUCACAUUAA